AUGGCUAAUAAUCUGUCAUUGCGAAGCAUCUUGGAUGCAAAUAAACUCACUGGCCCAAACUUCCUUGAUUGGUUUCGGAACCUCAAGAUCAUCUUGAAACAGGAGAAGAAAUCCUAUGUCCUUGACACUCCUAUUCCACCAGUCCCUGCUACUGAUGCUAAUGCUGAGGAUAAGGAAGCAUAUCAACGUCAUAAAGAUGACAAUGAUCGAGCAACAUGCGUGAUGCUAGCCAGUAUGACUCCUGAGCUUCAAAAGCAACAUAAGCAUAUGGAUGUUCAAUCCAUGAUUCUUCACCUUAGAGAUUUGUUCGAUAAGGAAGGGUGCACUAAAAGAUAUGAGAUCUCUAAAGAACUAUUCCAAUGCAAGAUGGUAGAAGGUAGUUCUGUUAGACCCCAUGUGCUGAAGAUGAUUGGACUCAUUGAGACUUGGAAAAUUGGGAUUAGCAAUGGAUCAUGA